AUGUCUCGGUGCCACUACUACGUAGUGGACGACGACGAGGAUGACGACGUCCAGAUUGUCGGGAUCAACUCGUUGAACCCCGAGGCUGCUCCCGGGCCUCAGCUGGGCGAGUAUCGUCUCGAUACUCCAAGAUCCUUUUACCAGGGCACCAGCUAUCUCAGCCAGCCCUUCUACACGGGCUUGGCCGCCCACGAGAUGCUGGCAACUUCGGCCGCUGGCCUUGGAGGGGUGGCUCCUCUGAUUCCUUUCCCGGCCGCCUACCAGUCUUCCUCCGGGCAGCCUUCGGCUGCAGAGUCCGUCUCUGCUGGCCCAUUCUUCCCCCCUGCCGCCCAGACCGGCCACAUCGUUGACUUGAGCUCUGUUCCUGCCUCCCAGGCUGCCCCUGUCUCCGAAUCUUCUGCCGCCUCCGCCUCCGGUUCUGGGUCAUCCCAUUCCUCGGCCUCUUCUGGCUCUGGACAGGCUACUCGCUCCGAAUAUGAGCUCGACCCUACCUCAAGUCAGACCCAGACAGCACCUGCUCAGUCCACGCUACUAUCCAUGAACAAUCUCCCACCGGCAAUACGGCUGAAGAUCUGCUUGGUUGGGAAGAAUGGGCAUAUCGUCAGAGUCUGGAUCGUCGCUGGAAAUGGCGACUCCACUACCAAUCCUGAUCAGUUCCCUCCAUCUUUCUUCAGUGACCUUGCAAACACAAUCGUCUCGAGCUUUCCUUAUGAGGACUUUGCUUAUAAGCACCGCUGCACUGUCGACGAAGUCAACCAUGCUCUUAUUGCACAGGUUGUAGCUCCUUUAAUUCAAUGUCACUCAAUCGAUAAAAAGCAGAUGGCAGAUACUGCCAAUGAUAUCUACAACCGUUGGGUUCCUAGUGAUUAUCAAUACCAUGAUGCACAGCAUGCCAACUCCAGCUCUCAUACUACUCCAACCAAACCUGAUCACUCUAGAUUUCAUGAGACAUCAGCUAGGGAAAUGUGUCCUUCUCCUCAGCUCACCCGUGAAGAAACUCUGGAAUAUGCUCGUGUUCUCCUCGAGGGCAUUGCCGACUAUGCUUUUGACACUGAUAAUUAUACCCAAGCUCAAAAUAACGCUGUUCCCCAGGCCCAGAUUGUUGGCACUCCUAAACCAAUCUUAACCUCUAAUAUUCAGGCCCAAUCCGAAGUAGAAUUUAUUAAGAACGAGCAUAUCUUUACUACUCCAUGUCCCCCUCAUUCUCAAGAUAAGGAUACCAAUUUAUCACGCCGGCCCAUGAAGCAUGCAGAGUCUCCUACUUCUCUUAAGCGUAUAUCAUCUUCCACCUCCUCAUCCACACAUUCAGCUCUUAUCAACCCCAAGCGUCGAUACGAGGACAUUGCCGACCCUGAGUCUCCCUCUCCUCAGAACCAACUAUCUCGCAAUGAACGCGAAAACACUCCUCGCCCAACUAAAAAGGCCAAGACUGCCUUUAGUAAUCUUUUACCAUCUUCUAAAACCUGCGAGAAAGAGGGCCCUUUCCCACUUUUAAAGCUGCAAAAUAGUGAGAAAGCGAAGAAGCCAGACAUUUACCCAGCAAAGCCUCAUACCUACGUUCCUCUCACUGAUGAAACUCGCAUUAAACGCCAACGAGUUACCGUCGACCCAUUCGGCAAAUACAAAAAGGUCUCUCCUUACUUAGAGCCUAAUAGGAACUACACCAAUAUCCUACUCGAACGCGGCGUUCCACUUGAAAAGCAUCCACGUACUAAGCGCCCCUUAACCGAACGUGAUAUUGAGACUAUCAAGAAGGGACAGAAGAACUUCUUUAAGUACGCCAUGAAGCUUCAGUGCGAACAUAUGGAUCGUUUGGGCCUCCCACAUCCAAUUCUCAAGGAGCACCUAAUUGAUGAAGGUGAAGAUGAAGCUCCUGCCCCUGAAGACUUUUACCACUGGGACGAUGAAGGUUUCGAUGACUAGACUAUAUCAAGUCUUGCCUUUCUCCCUUAUUUCAAUAUUUUCUACUCUACUUUCUCACUUUGAUUUCGUUUGGUGUGGCCUUUUACUCGAUAUGAACCUGAUAGAAGGGAAAAAGGAAGAAAAUGGCUGAAAAUAAAAAAAAUAUUAUGACUUGAACUGUGUCUGUACCAUAUCUGAUCAUUUCUUUGUUUCUUUCUUCCGCUUUUUGUACCUGAUGUUCUUUUGUACUUUAUGGGGUUUGACACUGACUAAGAAUGCAUUCGAUAACUACGUUUCGCUCAUGUAAAAUGGCAAAGUGAAAAAGCAAAGAUUGAGACUUGGAUAUGGAAUCCAAGGUUACUCUCCUGUACGAUCUUCAUCACUUCAAUUAUAUAAAUGAACAAACACUUCACAGGGGGUAUAACAAGCUUGAAACCAAAGAGGAAAAUCAGGCAUCUCAUUCCGGACCAAACAGUACAUAAAAUAGCCAGCGUUCUAGUAGCAUAGCAUCUCUCUUGCAAGGAAACAGGAAAGGGAGAAAAAAUCAUAUAUAGAAAAUCCAUUGAGAACAGCGCCUCCCC